AUGAACAACUCACCGAUUAGAAAUCAAUCUUAUUACUAAGAUAAAAUUCGAUAUCAGAGAUCACCUUAUUCAGAUAAAGAAAAUAUAAUGAGUGAAGUUAAUUAGAGUUAAUAAACACUCUAAAGAGAAGCCAUAGAAAUAUUGAAUGAUGUUGCAGAGACAUCAAAAAUUGAUGAAUCAGUUUUAGAUAGCAACCUUACAUUAUUUGAAAAGAUUACACAUCAUAAAUGGUAGAUACGAAGAUUAAUUUUAAUGAAUUUAACAGAGGAAUAUUAAAAAAACUAAACUGUUUAUGAAUUUUAAUCUGCAUGGCUUAAAAAUAUUAUCAAUGAUAGCAAUUAAUUUGCUAUGACUGAAGGUCUUAAAUUUAUUUAAGUCUUUGUUAAAAGUUAAUAAAUGAAUUAUCACAUAUUACCAUAUUUUAUUGGCGAUCUUAUUGAAAGAGGCUCAUUUGUUAAAUCUCAAAUCCAAGAUCUAGUUAUUGAAAUAUUAUUGUAAUGUUGUAAAUCAACAUAAGAUACAGGAUUUAUACUAUCAGAAAUCUAAAAAAAAAUAGAAGCUAAACAUCCUAAAAUUAUGACUUUAAGUUUGACUUUUGUUGAAAGAAUUCUUGAACUAUUUCCCAAUCACUUUUUUAAGUAUAUAUAAUUAUAUUAAAUAAAAUUAGAGAUUAAAUUAGAGAUUUCAUAGAGUUAUGUGUAUCAUUAGUUCAACACACUAAUAAAGUGAUUAGACAAAAGUCUAUCAAUAUCUUUUGUAAACUCUUUUAAAUGAUUUCAGAGAAUUUUGAAUAAGUUAAGAAGAUUUAUUUAGAUAAAAGAUUAAGAUAAAUUCAAAUUAAAGAAUUAGAGUAAUUAUGCAGUAAGAUAACAAAAAAAACAUAGAAAAUAGAAAUACAAUCUACAUAACCUGUUGUUUAAAUAAUUGAUUUACAUACACUAUUGCCAGAUAAAUUCUUUGAAAUGCCUUAUUACAAACAUAAUGAAAAGAAAAACAUAACAGAAUAAUUUGCUAAAAAUUUAGAGAAGUAUGAUGGAGACAUUGAUAAUUCUAAAGAUUAUGGGAGUAUUUAUGCAAUUAUUAUUACAUUACUUGAAGAAAGCAACUAUUUAAUUUAUAGUUAGGGUAUGAGAUGUGUAAAAGGAUUGGUUAGACUAUUAAGAAGAGGAAUCCCUUAACCAGUAGCUAAACAUUUUUUUAUUUUGAUUUUAGAUAAAUUAAAAGGUUCUUUAUCUAAACCAUUGUAAUCAACUGUUUUUAAUCUCUUAGAAGAUAUUUUAAUUUAUGAAAAUAUAUCUUGUGAUUAAUUUAUGGAAUUAAUGAUUAAUUAAUUAGAAUCAUCAAAAAAUAUUGGUUUAAAAAUAGCAUGUGCAAGAUGGUUUAAAGAUGGUUGGUUAGCAUUGGCUUUGGCUGUAUAAACUGGCUCUUAUGAAUCUUCUGAUUCUGAAGUACUUAAAAAAUUUGCAUAAUCUAAUUGUGAAAAAAUAUCUAAAUCACUUCUUGUCUUAUUCAAAAAGGUUCAAAGUAUCUUAAAAAAAGAAAAUAAUUUAAAUUAUAAAAAAGUAUUAAUAGAUUUAAUCAAUUCAAUGCAAUGUGAUGAACAAAACCUUUAAGUUACUGUUAUUGAAUCUUAAAUUGCUAUUGUUAAUCCACAAUUAGAUUUUCAAGAAUCUAGAAUUACAGAAAAAUAAUCUAGAAAAUAAUAAACUAAUUCUGUAAAGAGCAGAUAUCAAACUGAUGAAGAUUUAUGUGAAUUUGCUUAAAUUGGAGAAGAUAUGUAACAUUUUAAUUAAGCGAAUAAAAAUAGGUAAAGUAUAGAAUUACCUACUUCCUAAUUAAAUAAAGAAUAAAUAGAAUUUAUGAAUAAAUUUAGUAAUGAUCUUAUUCAAUUAAGAAAAUUAUCUUAAAAUAAUUAAGAUUAAUAAAUAUAAAAUAAAAUAGAAGAAAUUUUAAAUUCAUUCAAAAAUCAUUAUUCUGAUAAAAAUAUUACUAGUAAUGAUUUCUUAUAAUAAAUGACCAAUAAUAUAAUAAUGGAAUUAUUUCAUUUCUGUAAGAAAGUUUAAGUAUAAAAAAAAUCAAUUGCAGAUAAAUUAUAUGAUUUCAUUAUUUCCUUAUUGAUAAAAAUGAAUAAAAUUCAAGUUACAUUGGAUUAGGAAAUGCUUUAUUAAGAAUACAAAAUAUGUUUGAUCUAAUUAAAUCAAUUAGAUAUUUAAAAACUCUUAGCACUUUUAGAUAGUUUAUAUAUUUGCAAUUCAUUAGAAAACAUGAUCAAAAUUGGUUAUAGAAUAACUAAUAAGUAUCUGUAGAAACAAACAAAUAGUAAUAUAAAGAUUUUUCAGGCAUUUAUAAAUUGGAUAACACAGAAAAUUAAUGCUGCUACUUAAUAAUAAUUGGAUCAUUCAUUUAUAAGAACUUCUUAAAAAUCUUUUGAAACUACUUUUAAAAUGUUUCCAUAAAGCCAAUUAGAUAUAAGGAUGUUACUAAGUGCUUUAAAAAGUCGUAUGAUUAAUUAAUAAGUGGAAUAAUUGGAUUAAUAUUAGGAUUUACUAAACUAAUCAUAAAGAAAGUCGAAAUCUAAGUCUUUUGGUUCUUAAUCUCGAUUUUCUCCAUAUGAAACUCCAAAUAAAACUUAAAGUAAAUUGGAGUUUUCAGAUUCAGAAGAAAAAGAAAAUUUAGAAUCAUUAUAAUAAAUAGAACAAUAGGUUUCUACAUAAUUUACAAUCUAAGGAUUAGAGAAAUUCAUACAUUAUCUAAAUCGUCAUAGAGCUUAUUAACUUUGUAAUUAAUCCUAACAUACUGUAUUUUUAAGCCCAAAUUCUAGUUCACCAGGGAAACAUUGGAGAAGAGGAAUUGGAAGAGAUAAUAUGAUUAUAAGUUCACCAUAUAGAUAAUUAUAUGAAAGCUCUAAAUUUGAAGAUUUUACUAAAAUUUUAGAAAUUGUUUGUUAAAAUUAUAACAUUCAAAUUUCAAAUUAAGUUUUUUAAGUGUUUUAUUUGCUUAAACAUAUUUUCCCAAAUAGUCAAUAAUGUCUAAUAUAUCUUAUUUUUGCAUAUAUAUGUCCAAAAACAGAAUAUUCAGAAAACUUUGAAGCAUUUCUUAGUACUUUCCUUUAAUUAGAUAAAAGUAUUAUGGCAUAUCAAUAUAGAUAAGCUUUUAAUAUAUUAUAUUAGAAAUCAGAAAAUGAAAAGGUUUUAAUUAAUUUAAUACACACAGGAUUUAACUUUCUUUUUUAAAAAAUAUUUGAAAAUGAUUUAUUAGUAAACAUAUAAUAUUUUAUCACUACUCUGACAUAUAUGUUAAGUUAGACGAUAUUUUAUUAAUUAGCUAAUGAUUUAUUAAGUAAAUAUCAACAACAAGCUAACAAUUUCAUUUAAAUUGUGGAGACUGAGUUGAUAAAUUACAAAAAAUUAUACGAUAUUUAUUUAAAUUGGUAGUAAAUAUAAUAAUAAUAAUAAUAAUCUAAUUAAAAACCUCAAAUUGACUUCUAAAAGCUUUACAAAUAAUAAUAGAAUGAUAUUUUGAUUGUUGAUCUUUAAGAAAUUGAUGAAUGUGCAUCUAAAAGAGAAGAGACAGUUAGAGAAUAAGUAAAUAAUAGUUAAUAAGAACAUUUUAUACAUAUUAACAAAGAAGAUUUUGAAUUAUUAGAAAGCACUACUAAAAAUUUUCAUUCUUAAUAAACUUUAAGAUUUACUGAAGAUGGAUAAUUAUAAUAACCAGAUAUUUUAAACAUAUAAUAGUUCAUUAGUCCAUUAUAAUAAAUAAGCUAAAUCAGUAAUUAAAUACAUGAUACUGUUAUUUAAGAUUUAGCUAAAAAUCUUUAUACAAAUGAUACAUAAAGAUUAAAAGAAUUAGACAUGAUUAAAUUGCAAAAUGAAACUUCUAGAUAACAUAAAAGAGAUAGUCAUAAAUAAGUUUAAGAAUCAUAUCCAUAACCACUAUAAAAGGAUCCGAUGAAAUAGAAGAUAGAGAAAAUAUACGAAGAAGUUCAAAAUGAAUCUUAGAAUGGCAAUUUUAAUGAAAAAAGUCUUCUUGGAGAUGUUCUUGCUCCUAUUGAAACUGCAUAAUUAUUUGAUUAGGCUAAAAAUUUAAAAAGAAACGAAUGUAUAAAGUAAAUGUAAGAAAUUUUGUUGACAUCAACAUCAUUAUAUUUUGAUGUGGCAUCAACUCUUCUUCUUUAAUAUGAAAAUUUAGAAAUGGCAGAAGAUAAAUUAGCAUUUAUUAAUGAUCUUAAAUUGUCUUUGGUUAAUCAAACUUUAUUAACAAAUAUUAACCAAUAAAACUUUUCUGUUAUUAUUGCCAUAGUCUUAAGAUUAUGUACAACUGUAAUUUAUUAUUUAUAUUAUUUAAAUAGCCUUCAACUUAAUCAGAAAUCUAUAAUAGUUCAUUAGGAUAUGAUGAUAAUCAAUUGACAAAAUCAUUAUAGCAAAUAUUAGAUGUACUUUUACACUCAAAAGAAACUGAGUAAGUAUUAAUUUGUUUAAUACAUGUAUUUAAUGAUCAUUUACCUAUGGAUUUUACAAAUGAAAUUACUAAAAGUAUUUUCCUUUCGAUAUAUUUUAGAUGAAAAAAUGAUGUUAAGACUAAAUUUAAAGUGUAUAGAGAGAUUAGUUUAAAAUAGUGAAAAAUUACAUAUAUUUGGAAUUUUAAUAGAAAUUCUUAAAUUUUUUAAAUGUCACCCUCCUGAAAAUUUAAUUGUAAAUUAUCAAAAUAUAUUUUUAAGGAAGGGCUUCCUUCAAUUAAAGAAUUGGAAUUAUAUUUUAGAUAAAUGAAAUAAAUUACUGAUAAUUUAUUGAAUAAUAAUUUCAAAGAAGGAAAGGAAUUUUUAGAAUUUGUAUACAGAAAAAAUAAUAAAAGUAUCUUUUUAGAUUAUGUCAAAAGUGUAAUUGAAAAAUAAUGA